GGAUCCAAAAGUACCUAACACUCAUGCUAUACUAACAUACAAGUGGAAUAAUCCCCAUCAAUUUACACAAUUUUUUCAGCCAAACUGUUCUCCGAUUCCUAUGGCUAUGGCGUCUUCACUAUUUUUUUCAACUCCAAUUCCAACUAAACUCAUCUCAAAGCAAAAGCCCUUUUCUUCCCACUCUUCAAAUCCUCUUUUCCCCCAAUUGACCCACAAACCCACGAGGAAUUUGGUUGUUUCUUCUACAGCUGCAAUUGAAGCUGAAACACAAACAUCUAAUUCUAAUUCCACUCCAUCGAAGUCUCUUCCUUUUAGAGUCGGCCAUGGAUUUGACCUUCAUCGAUUGGAACCUGGGUAUCCUUUGAUUAUUGGUGGGAUUAGUAUUCCCCAUGAUAGAGGCUGUGAAGCUCACUCUGAUGGUGACGUUCUGCUUCAUUGUGUUGUUGAUGCCAUUUUGGGAGCUCUGGGGCUUCCUGAUAUUGGUCAGAUUUUCCCGGACACUGAUCCUAAAUGGAAGGGUGCGCCUUCUUCGGUGUUCAUGGAAGAAGCUGUGCGUCUAAUGCAUGAAGCAGGUUAUGAAUUGGGAAACUUAGACGCCACUUUGAUUUUACAAAGACCAAAAGUGAGCCCACACAAGGAGUCUAUUAGAGCCAACUUGUGUAAGCUGCUUGGUGCUGAUCCUUCUGUUGUAAACCUGAAAGCAAAGACUCAUGAGAGAGUUGACAGUCUUGGUGAGAACAGGAGUAUUGCGGCUCAUACUGUUGUUCUACUUAUGAAGAAAUAGUGAAUAGAGUUGGUCGAUUUUGUUGUAUAAAAUGUGUACUGUAGCAUUUACUAGUCAUUUAGAGAGCACAUCAUGUUGGUCUUCUUGGUCAUGGAUAUUUUCAGAACUUUAUAGUCAAAACAUGAUAUCCCAGAAAUUGGAAUUCCCUGCCAUUUCAGUA